AUGCGCUUCACGGACAUGGGGCGUGGCCGCCCAGUUUGCAUGGAUCCAUCCGCUAACCAAGGCUCUCUCUCUCCUUACCCGGAACAGCGCAGUGCCGCUCUCAAGAUCGACUGGGCCAAGGUUUCGACCUCCCUCGGCCUCCGCGGCCAGACCGCCGCCUCUCUGCAGGCCUUCAAGAAGCGCAACGACGAUGCCCGCCGCAAGGUCCAGGUCCUGUCGGAGCAGCCCCAGACCGUUGACUUCUCCCACUACCGUGGUGUCCUGAAGAACCAGGCUAUCAUCGACGAGAUCGAGAACCACUUCAAGAGCUUCAAGCCCGCCUCUUACGAUGUCAGCCGCCAGCUGAAGGCCAUCGAUGCCUUUGAGGCCCAGGCCGUCCAGAACGCCGAGCAGACCAAGGGCAAGAUCGAUGCCGAGCUGGUCAACCUCCAGAAGACCUUGGAGAACAUUGAGACUGCCCGCCCCUUCGAGGACCUCACCGUGGACGAGGUUGCCUCUGCCCAGCCCGAGAUCGACGAGAAGACCGCCUCCCUUGUCUCCAAGGGCAAGUGGAUGCCGCCCGGUUACAAGGAGCGCUUCGGCGAUCUGUCCGCCGUCUAA